AUGGAAUUUCUCACAGAGGGUGAUGGGUUUAUGGAAUGGGAGACCAGAGCACGCAGUUGAGGCAGAAACAAUAACGUAUAUAAAAGACAUGUGGACAGGUACAUGGAUAGAUAACUGAAGAAGGGUUUCGGCCCGAAACGUUGCCUAUUUCCUUCGCUCCAUAGAUGCUGCUGCACCCGCUGAGUUUCUCCAGCUUUUUUGUGUACCAUGGAUAGAUAAAACGGACUUAGAGGGUAUGGGCCAAACACGGGCUGGUGGGACUAGUAUAGAUGGAGCACCUUGGUUGGCAUAGGCAAGCCGGGCUGGUGUCUAUUUCCGUGCUGUAAGACUACGACUCUAUAAAAACUGUUCUCUAAUUGUUAUUCGUGGUGAUUUUGAGUUGGAGGCGCUGCCAAUUGAAGACUACAAGGCUGGACAAGCGAGAGAGUGCGCCUUGCAGCCGCUGCCAGAUGGUGGUGCUUUGAAGUCGAGCGGUGGGUACUGUGAGAGGGAAGGGAGUGGAGAAGUGUUUUGAAGUGGCUGUUUACCAGCGGCCAGUAGACAUGGCCGGCUUGUCAUUGUUUACCGUGCUGUUGCUGCUGGCCUGGGUGGCGCACCGCAGCCGCGGCUAUGUGAUCGUCAACUCCGUGUCCUGGGCCAUCACCAACCAGGAGGAGACGGUGUCUACUGAGGACGACGAGGAGGAGGAGGACGGGAAUGUGCUGCCCAACAGGCUCUUCCAGAGCGGCGGCAGCAUCUGGAAAGCCUCGUACCCCGCCGCCGCCUACCAGCAGCGGCAGCCACGGCGGCGGGGGGACGGCGAGGGAGAGUCCCGGGCCGUGGCGGCCGAGAUGCCGAGUCACAGAGAAGCGCUCGGCUUCCCCUCCAGGAUGUUCUCGUACCGCAGGGACGGCCAAAGUGUGGAGAGGUCGUCCCCCAAGCAGCCUCAAGGGAAAGCCCGGCUCGCCCGCCACCUGCUCAGCUCCAGCACCUGGGGAUUCCUGGCCACCCUCUCCACGCUGGACAAGAUCAAAGGACUGCCAUUUGGAAACAUUUUCAUGAUCAGCGAUGGCUCCCCAGACAACAGUACUGGUGCUCCAUUCUUUUAUGUCAGUCGGCAAGACAGAAUUGUUGAGGAUCUCAUGAUUAAUUCCGGCGUUUCAUUAACAUUAUCAGAAGCUGAGCCAAAUUACUGCAGGCAAAAUCUCAUUAACGCUGAGGAUCCGAGAUGCAGCAGACUGACUCUGACAGGUCAAAUGGUGACUGUGCCCUCUGAUGAAAUUGAAUUUGCAAAGCAAGCCAUGUUUUCAAGGCAUCCAGUGAUGAAGAAGUGGCCUCCAGAACACAAUUGGCUCUUUAUGAAAAUGAAUAUUCGACAUGUGUGGCUCCAGAACUGGUUCGGGGCGGUUGCUGUAAUCUCGGUCGAAGAUUAUUUCAAAGUCAACCCAAUGAAUAUUGUGUAGGUUCUAAAAGAGCAUAUCUAAGAGAAUAAAACAUUGUUUACAGUAUUAGCGCAUGCCCAUUAUGUAUCUUUGGGCUGGAAGAGCUUCUUAUUCCCUUUUGGGCAUACCUGUUCAAUAGAGAAGGAGCAAUUUAUUAAAACAUUUAUUGAUAUCAAGGCCAGCAAUGAUUGUCCAUCCCUAAUUGACCUUGUGAAAGUGCAAUGACUGUAUAGCUCGGAUGGUGCAGCUGACACCAUGGUCCUGUUUGUUCUGGGCUAUUUGAAGGACUUAAGACCUGGUGUAAUAUGGCAGCUUUGCCUGUUCUUCUUGCCAAUAUUUCUUGCUUCUGCCAUUUGUAACCGCAUUGGUAUGUGAGCUUGUGCUGCAAGAAAUGUGUUACUAUACCUCAAUUCUGUGUUGUGUUAAUAUAGAGUGUAAGAUCGAGCUUUGAAAAAGCUUAUUAUUUUGAUAAAAUUCAGUCUGUAGGAUUUCAAGUUUGCUUUUCUACCCUGAGAUGAACUCACUGCAGCAUGCAACUUUCAGAAUUUAAUUACAGAUUGUGGUAGUUUGAAUUAUUUUGUAUCAAUAUAUAUAUAUAUAUAUAUUGACUGUACUGCUUGCUUUAAAAUAUGUUAAAUUUCCGGGCAGAACAUUAAUUGAUCGUGGCAAUUUGUGAUUCAUUUGAUAUGAUUCAAGUGCAAUCUUAAAUUUUGACACAAUACUGUAAUAAAAUGAACCAUGUGAUCCCAGCAAUCAUUUUGCCUGACCAAUAAAGAAAAAAAAAAUUGCUGUGCAGAACAGGUACAGGCAACAGAAUGUUCUGUAAUGAACUUGGUAUUUGGUGAAUCACAACCUUUUGUGCCAGCAGACAUCUCAAUGAUGAAGUGGCCUCCGGUGGUUUCAGUCUACUGCUGAGCCAUGCAUGAAGCCUUCAUCAAACAUUUUUUUAAUGUACACACCACUUUUGAUUCCCCUUCUCUUUCAGUUAGAGCUGUUGAAUUGUCUGUGGUAUUCAUUAUAAUUUGUAAUAAAACUGCAUGCUUCACAUUUGGCAGGCGUAUCUUAAUGUGUUUUAAAGGUUUUUCUCCAAAAAUAAUUGAAAGGGAAAAUUUGCACAAUUUGAUUUCUUGGGUAUGUGUAAUGUGUAAUGAAUAGUUUUCUGAACCUAAAAAAUGGUUAAAGUAUUGUAGAAAAAAGCUCAUUUCCUUUCCAUGUAAUCUUCAAAUAGUCAACUAAGCCAUGCAAGUUAAUUAUUAAUAUUGACAUUUUCAUCAGUGGAAUUUUGUGAACAUGUUGCAAAGUUUCUUUUGUGUAUGAAUCCACAGCUCAAUCUUUUAUCUCUGCUUUGACUGUCUCUCCCACUGUGAGUUUGUUUUUAAAUGCCAGGCAAUUUCCCUCAUAUCUCUGUGAAAUUCCUUCCAAGUUUUUACUUAAUUAUAUUAAAGGCGUGAUAAAAGGGCA